UUGGCAGAUAAGAAGAGAAGUAACAAAGGGAAAGUAUUCCAAUUAUCUUGGCUAAAGAACAAUAUUAUUAAAGAUUGGUUAAAAUCUGAUGAUAAUAAUAAAAAAAAAAGCUUUGUGCACGGCUUACAAUAAAGUCUUGGCAUGCGGAAAAUCAGAACUUAUUAUAAAAAAUAUAUAUUCAUUUAAUUCCAUUUAAAUAUGUUAUUUCUUUUCAAAAUGUCCUCUUCCUGUAAUUUCUACCGUAUUUAAAUUGUCACAGAGGUCUAACGAUACCCUAUAUUUGAGUGAAGUAUAUACGUUACUGAGAAUUAGGUAGUGCGCAUGCGUGGAAAAAUCCACGUCCUGGCAUCACUGCUUCCGAAUACUCCAAUUCACUCGGUCGAACUUUUCGUAGUUUAUGGUGGUGCUAAAGAAGCAAGAUGACUGUAAAAGAAUUGUAAACUCUAUAUCGUGUAUAUUGAAAUGUUUCAAAGAAAAUUUUAUAUUCUAAUUAUUUUAUCGAUCAAAGUAACACGAAUGAUUAUUAAUAAUACUUGAUCUUUCACAAAUUUAAUAAAUAUUGAAGCAAAAUAUGACUGAAGAAACGCAACAACCUGAAACACCCGUGCAAAACGAAGCACAGACUAGUUCUCCGGAUGUUAGUAAACUUAGAGAUAACAAGAAAGAAAAAUGCCGACCCAUGACCAAGGUAAUUAUACGUCGACUUCCACCAACAAUGACUUCAGAUCAAUUAAUGGAACAAAUUUCUCCAUUACCUGAACAUGAUUAUUUUUAUUUUGUCAAAGCCGACAUGUCACUUGGUCAAUACGCAUUUUCUCGUGCUUAUAUUAAUUUCACGGAUCAACAAGAUAUAUUUACGUUUAAAGAAAAGUUUGAUAAUUAUGUAUUCGUCGAUUCAAAAGGCACAGAGUAUCCAGCUGUAGUAGAAUUUUCACCAUUUCAAAGAUUACCAAAGAAAAGAGUUGGAAAGAAAAAAGAUUUAAAAUGUGGUACUAUAGAGUCAGAUUCGUAUUAUAUAAGUUUCUUAGAAAGUCGUAACAAUCAGGAGGCUGAUUCAACUAAUGCUCAACCAAAAACAGAAUAUUCUUAUCAACCAGCUGACAAUACAUUAAAAAAAGUUACAACGACACCUCUUUUGGAGUACUUAAAACAACGUAAACAAGAAAAACAACGUCUCAGAGAUGAAAAACGUGAAGAAAGAAGAAGACGGGAAUUGGAAAGACGGAGAAUUAAGGAUGAUCCAAUUAUAUCUAAGGUACUUAAGAAUCCUGACUUGGACAAAGACACGAAUAAGGAUAAUAAAGAAAAUAAGGAUGAUAGGGAUAAAGUAUCACCAAAGGAUUUAAAAAAUCGCAAUAAAAGGGAUGAAAAAUUACGUGAAAAGGUACCACGUGAUAGAGAUUUAAAACCUUUAACAAAAGCAUAUAGAGAAAGAAUGGACGAUAGAAAUAAAGACAGAGAUAUAAAACAUCAAAGGCGACAUGAGGAUAAAAAACUUUAUGGAAGACGAGAUGAUAGAGAUUUAUUCAAAGAAGACAAAAAAAUUGAUAUUCGUGAUAAUAAUAAAAAUUAUGAUAUUAAAGAUGAUUUUAAAGAAUCCAAAGAACGAAGGAUCGAAGAGAAAAAAGGUAAAAGUUAUGAAAAAAUGAGACUUGAAAAAAAACGAUUGGCCGAAAAUAAACGAAAUAAUACGGAUCCUAAUAACGAUAAUAAUGUCAUAACAGUUACAUGCAUAAUGAAAGAAAAUCAGAAUAUAACUCAAGAAUCUACGGAAGAUGGAUUAAUUUCUUCUUCUACUUCCAAAGGUCUAAUGGAAUUUGUAAAUGAAAAGAAUGAUGGAAAAAAUAAUGGUAAUAUCAAAUUAAUUGAAAAUGAACAAGAUAUUGAAUAUAUAUCUGAUCAAACUAAGGAUACCGAAACUAGUAUUCGAGCUGAAAAGGAUGCAAGUGAAAAGUCAAGAUCUAUUGAACACAUUAAUCGAGAAAUUGGUAUUAAUAAUGAAUCUGAAGAAAUAAAAGAAUCAUCUAAGGUUGUGAAAAGACGUAGUUCUUUAGAAAGUGGUGGUGAAGGUGGUACCGGAGACAAUAAUUGUUUGAGACGUCAUAAAUCAUUAGAUGGCGAUGGACAAAGUAAUUUACAAAAAUCCGAAAGUGAAGAUAAGGAAAAAGAUAAAAAAGAUCCACGAUUAGAACGUAGAAUUCGUAAUAAGGAUCGUCCUGCUAUGGAAAUUUAUAGACCAGGUAUGGGAAAAUUUAGUAAACAACGCUUAGAACGAGAAAAAUCAAAUAAUGAUGAUCGAGCUUCACUUUCACAAAGUCCAACUCCAAAUGCUACUACAACUUCUUCCACUGUUUCUAAAACUGCUAAAUCUGGAUCAGAAGUUCGUUCUAUGACAUUUAAGCGUAGUGUUAGCCGUGAUAUUUCAUAAAAUGUACUGAUGAUGAGAGCCAUAUUUAUCAAUAUGUACAAUUAUAUAUUAUAAACAAA